AUGUCCGCUCGUCCGUUGUCGCAUUGCCUUCGCGCUCGCUGUGUCCCCCGCCGGGCCCAGAACAUCCAGGGCUUCUCGACCCGCAGCAACCUCCGCGGUGACCACUAUGACCCUCCUACCGGCUACCUGUUUGGCCUCAAGCCCGGCCAGAAGUAUGUGAAGGAGGGCUGGGAGAACAUGUGGUACUAUGGAUUCAUCGGCAGUCUUCUCGUUGCCGGUGUCGCAUACGUCUUCAAGCCAGACACUUCGAUACAAACAUGGGCUCUGGAAGAGGCUCGCCGGCGGCUGGAGGCCGAAGGCAUUCUGGAGGACCCUGACAAGGUCCAGCGCAAGUAA